AUGGCGGCAGCGUCGGCAAGCGCCGAUGAGAGCAGUUCGUUUCUGCACAAGUUAUUGCUACAUGGCGACAAAUACUGUUCGUCCAUUCACACCAGAAUGCUUAUAGCUGCUUACGAUGAUUACAUUGUCGCUUGGAGCCAGAACCAGCUACGGCUGUUUGCUGUUAGCGCGAAAACGUUUUCAAGCGCGGGUGAACCGGAUAACUGUAUAGAGUUGGUGCUGUCUAACCCACCUGCGUACGAUGUUGACAACGUUCUCGUCAGCUGCGCCAAGCACCUGCUGCUUUCUGGACCGCGCGGCAUAACCGUUGUGUCGCUACCGAAAACGCCAGCCACUUUGCUGAAUGAAAGGAAGGCGUUAUGCAAAUCAUGGACGCUUGGUGAACACUUCUUCCUGUGUCACAAGUCUGUUUCACUUGUCGACAUCGCCUGGCAUCCCGACAGCGAGUCCGGCCUCCAUGUCCUCGCUCUGACGAGUGAUAACAAUCUGAGGCUUUAUGACAUAUUGGAACCACAGUCUGCUCAGCUGGUGCUGCCAGUUGGUGUUAAUCACAACCUCAGUGGUACACUCAGUGCCUCUGUUGGAGAUGCCGCUGUCAGCUUUGACUUUGGGGAUUUUCCUGCUGAAGGAGAAGCUCGGCAGGUCUUUGUACUCGGGGGUAGCGGAGAUAUCUACCUUACCCAUGUUUCGCCGCAAGAUGACAAUAGGUCACACCUGCGGCCCGUGUUUGGUCCUCUGAGCAUGCAGCCUCAAGCAGAGGACAACUACGGUGUUGAUGGCUUUUCGAUUAUUUGUUUGCCAGGUGCCGUUCCAGUGUUGGCAGUUGCCACUACUGGGGGCACACUUUACCAUUGCCUUGCUCUUGGGACACAGAAUUUUUCUAAUGGCACCAGGGAAGAGUGUGAGGAUGUUUCAUUGUACGUGUUUGAAAAAAUCAGGCUCGAUUUAGCCUUCUCAUUGUCCACUUCUGAGGAAGAAAUGUUUUCUUGCCCGAUUCGUCUUCACAAAGACCCCACCAACCAUCAACGAUAUAUCUGUGUCCACAAUGCUGGUGUGCAUGCUGUGGUUGUGCCCUUUAUUGACCAUCUGCAAGCAUUUGCCGAAGACGACACGGGCAUGCAGAUGAUGUCCCAGCUGCAUACUGAAAUGUCCAUUGUAGAGAGCCUCUUAUGCACUCGUGCCUUGGCCAGCAGCAAGCCUGCACCUCCUGUUGGUGUAGUUGUGCUACCAGAACACCCAGGACCACUGCUGAUUGUUCUCACUGCUUCCUGGAAGAUAGUCACCAUGAUGCUUAUGCAGGGUUACCAGACUUACUUGCCAGCACUGCUUUCCCAAAGCCAGCAGGACACACCUCUGCUGAGCCAAGGCACUGGCAGCAGCAACAAUCUGGUGGCUCAUGUAAAACAGCUGCUGGAAGGUCGUAGCCUCCCGACUCUUUCGCAGGCAGCAGAAGAUUGCACACCUCAACAGAGCCUCGAACUUCUACUGACUGCCACGCAGCGCAUCCGUGAGCAAUGGUUCCAGAAGCUUGAGGCUUGCCAGUUACUCAUUGCACGAAGAGUCCAGGCUGCUCAUGACCAAAGGGAUCUGCAGCUGGAAAAGCUGAGUGGUCUGCUUGAAGAACUUGCAUUGCUUCAGCAACGUGACAGAGAACUAAAAGCCAGAUAUGAAGCCCUCUAUUCCACACAGCAGAAACUUGUCAAAAGGGUUGAAGACGUGUUGCAUCAGCUACAGCGCCAGGUACCCGUGCUUUCUGCGGCUGAACAAGCAAUGACAGGGGAGCUGAAGAGCACUGAAGAGGACCUCAAAGUGCUUAAAGAAUCACUGGAGCAAGCUCAGGCCAAGCUAAGAUACCAACAGCAGAGCCAUAAAGAUCAGGAGGCCAGCAGAAGUGCCAGCCAACUGCAGGAGAACCUCACGCCCAACCAAGUAGAGCAAAUUGCCAAGGCCCUCAAAGAGGAGGGUGAUAUGAUAUCCGAGCUUGUGCAACGAGUCACGGCAUUGAUGGACUAGUGGCCUUAAUAUGUUGUGCAUAUAUGUUGUAUAUUAAUAAAACAUGCUCUUCAAUGUGUUUGAUAUGAAAA